AUGGUUAGCCAGGAUACCAGCGUAAACAAACGCCGGUUGAAGGUAACGGCAGGCGCCGACUACAACCUCAAGGCUCAUCAAGCGGUACCUGUAAAUGGCGAGACAAUACGAAUCGAGAACGAGCAUGCUAUUGUGAGUCUCUGUGUACGGAUUCAAGACUACACAGGUAACAUCCCUUCUCGUCUAUUCAGUCAGGGAGCGAAGCUCAUCAAUCAAAUAGGCUAUCCCGAAAAUUCACCAUCUACAAGCCCAUAUUUCAACCAUCCCCUACAUGAAAAAGAUCUAUAUUCCAUAUGCUUCUCAAUAAUAUUCAAGGAGCGAGUGAAUGGUAACAACCUCGUCUUUGGCAAUGACUUCGAUCACCCCAUCCGCGACAUGCUGCCCCCAGGAUUCAAUGCAGCGCUACGGAUGGUCAAGUGGACACUCGAUCCCGGCCUAGACGGCGAUGUCUACGCUGACAAUCCGUACCUAUACAGCCCGGCAUUGGCAUCGUGGGACCAGUUCCGGAUUGGAGAUAAGAUGAAGAAAUCAGACGAGGUGCCAACGCUCCAUGAUGAGAUAAUUGAAGAAGGUUCUUAUAGCGAAGAUUCUGCCAAUGUGCGUCGGCAAUUUAAUAUUCCCGACACUGUCGAAGGGCGCAGAAAGCAUUUCCAGGAUGAGGCGAAUAGAAAGGUGUUUGACUUUGAACCUGGGAGGAUGUACGUUGCUGAUUUCGGAAAUCCUUAUUUGGCAUUCAAUGAUUUCUCUGUCCGGCUUCCUGGAUUCGAUCUACAUAUCAUGAAGUACGUGGAUGAGACGAACCAUGAGCUGCGGUAUACGCUCAAGGAUGUUUCAAACGGACGGGUAUAUCUUGCUGUGGUGUUCUCGGUGGUCUUAGGCGAAACGGAAGACAAAGAUCAUAACAAGAGUGAGCAACGUGACGAAAGUCUAGGGAAGUUUGACUGGGAGCCGGAGCCAUCGUCUGGUGAUGUUGAGUGA